AUGGAUCCGCCGCCGUUCCGCCGCCACCACCACCAUCACAAUUCUAGGUACGCAAACGUCAUCCACAUCCCGACUUUCACGCCGCCGCCUUUUCACCAACGCCAUGUUCCACCACUGACACCGCCGCUGUCUCGUCCUCCACCUCCUCCGCCACAUCAUCUUCUCCCUCCGAUACCACCACGUCACAUCCCAUACAGCCCUCUUCCUCCACCCCCUCCCGCUCACUUCACUCUAUCCGACCCUCAUCCCUGUGGACCCCGUUCCAUUGAAGAAAGAUCUAAUCGUUACGAAUUCGAUCGGCCUUGCUCACCGCCACCCCAUCAUCAGCUACCUCCACUCCUACCCCAUGGGGGAUGGACUGAGCUACAACCCCCUCCACCUCCUCCUCUGGUCCGCGAAAACUUUCACUUUCGGUCCAUUGAUAAUUGUGAAGACCAAAACCCUAUGUUCAAAGAUGAGUUUUUUGUUGAUAAUAUCAGGAAGAGGUAUAGAGAUAAUAAAAAUGAUAUGCCUGUUAUUUGGGACCGAGGUUUCCCCCGAGAUGGGAGAAAAAUAAUUGAUUUUGAUUUUGAUAGGAAAGAUAGUGAGAGAUAUCCAAAGCGAUUUGGAUCGCGAUCAGAGAGAGAUUUUAGUACAGACCCAUUAAGGGGUCAUGAGUCCUACAGUGUGAGGGAUGGAGAUGACAGGAGAUGGGAUUAUAAUGUCAAUGAUAGGGUUUUGUUAAAUCAGGAAUCUGCGAAGGGUCAUUCUUUGGCUAGAUUUAGGGGUAGGUUGGGAAGAGGGGGAAGUGUACAAGAGUUUAUUAGGUCGCCUAAGAAGCAGAUGCAGAAAAAGAGUGCUUUACUUAGGAUUCAAUUAGGAAAGUCUAGCAAUAGGAAUAGAGGAGUCCAUGAGCAUCAUCACUUUCCGAAAGAGCUGAGUAGUAGUAGUUCUAGGGGGAAGGAAAAAGAGAGUUUUGUGCCGUCACAAAGGAAAAUGGAGGAGGAAAGAGAGAGGGAGAGAGAGAGGGAGAAGGAGACAGAGAGGAGUCCAGUGGAGCUUGAUGUUUCGUUUAAGUCGAAUGCACUUGUGGCUAAGGCUAUUGUCGCGUCGUCGAGUCCAGCUCUUGAGUCAGAUAGGAAUUUAACGCCUAGGAAUAGGAAUAUUAGGAAAGCCAAUAGUAUAUCUGGUUCACCAUUGACCAAAUUGAGUGCAAUCUCCUCAUGCAAGUUAGAUUUUCAAUCUGAUCCCAAUAAAGCCCCAAAAGGGUCAGAAGAAAAGGUUGCCAUAUCUGGGAGUGGAAGUGCAAAUGAUAAUAAUCCCACCUAUUUGGGAGACAAUGCUGCCAACAAGGGAUCUCUGAAAGCUAUGGAUUUCAAUCAGAAUGGCAAUAGCGAUGGUUCUGAUAGAACACCUAUCCACAGAGUGAGAAAAAAGAGGAAACUAAAUAUGCAGAUUGUAUCUGAAUCUAGUCCACAGUUGACAAAGGAUACUGUUGAGAUCAUUAAUGCGAAUACUUGUGGUAAUAGUCCAUCUGCAUCUUCACUGCUAGAUGAGGAUGCUACAAAUUCAGAGGGGAAUAUCACUUCUGCUGGUUCCGGCAUGGAGCCUGAUAUUGUUUUGCCGGCUUCUUCAAAUGAAGUAAAUAUUAGCGAAGCCGAGGAAAAGUUAGAAUGUAUGGUUUCAAAGAAAGAUGGCACUGACAUUGAUUCUAGUAAUCACUUUAUACCUAAUUCAAAGACAAAGAAAAGCAGCUUGAAUAUGUUUUCUGCUACAUCUUGUCUGGCUGAUGAUGUAACUACUGAGUACAUGGAUCAUGCAGAGCGAUUAUUGGUUGCCAAGGACACUGAUCAUGCUUUUAGAAUGGGAAUUAAUGAGGAUGCAAGUCCUGCAGAUGGAAUGGUCAUUUGUGAGAAUGAUAUUCAUGCCGACAGAUUGGGCUCCAGUGAGCAUGCCGAUAACUUGGACAGAUUAGUUCAUUCUGUAUUGAAUAUGGAGACGUGUGCUAUUGACUCUCAUAAUCAAUUUACCAUUUCUGGCACUCAAAUGGUAGAUGAUGAUAGUGAGCAGCCUUUUCAGGAUGCACUAAUAUCAUCAGACAACAGUCCUAUGGGAGGACCUUCUAAGGUUACAGUUUCAAUUGAAGAUCGUGAUAUUUCUGACUUGAUAAGACCCGAGGAAACCAGGAUUCACGAGGUUCAGGGAGAUGCAUAUGCUUCAAAAAUCCACGACAUAUUUAGUGCUUCUGAGCCUGACAGUGAAUUGUGCCAAAGGACAGAGAAGGUUACUAGUUGUCAUGCGAGCUUUAUGGAUUCUGGUUCCAAGGAUUCCAUUUCAAACCAUGAUGUUGUGCCCCAAGAUGGAGUUCUUGGUCCAUUAAAUUUUAGUUCAGGUACUGCCAGUGGUACUAAUUUUCUUUCUAUAGAUUGUCCGGGGAACACAGCUGUAUCUGACAUUUUUCAUGGAGAUAUCAUUGGUAGGAAGUCAUGUAAGUAUGGCCCUACAAUAUCACUUGAAAAUGGCCCUCUUGCUUCCUCAAGUAUUGAUCAUUCACCCAAGACCAACAGGAAGAUUAAUACUAGGGAUGCUCAAAUUGGUCUUUCUGCUCUGAAGACAACUAAGAUGCCUGUUGAUGUAGAUAGCUCUGUAGGUCAUGAAGAAAUGGGACAUUUGGUGGAGGAUAUUAUUUCUGCAGUAGAAGUUGACAUCCCUUCUCAAAGGGACAACAUCAGGGAUGGAAACCAAUCAAUUGAAGGACCGUCUGAAGUCAAACUUUUGGUCCAAUACGGUCUUGAUCUUGUUGCGAAUGGCUCAUUCCCUGACUACAGUAAGAGGAAAGUCGUCUCCCCAAUAUUGUCUUGCACUUCACUUUCUGAAGUGUAUGGAGGACCUGAAGCUGCUGAUACAGCUUCACUAGUGGUGGGAGCUCCUUCAAGUGGCAAGGGUACUAUACAAUCAGAAUACCUAGUUAAGCCAUCUGCGAUUCAUGACAGUUCAUCUGUUUGCUUAUCACCUUGCUUGACUCAGACUGACACACCAUUUGACAUCAGUGUGGGAGAAAAAUCAUUUCUUACCGAUUCAAUUGAAGGUGACCCUACGAUGGAUUGUUCAAAAAUCGACUGCAAUUCUCCCAGCCUACCUGAAAAGGGAGUUGAUCAUAAAGAGGAUAUUCCAAUAGUCGCAUCAGCAGCCACCCAUCAACAUGACACUGCAGAUAUGGAAGCUGCAAUUAGUCGGGAAAUAUUUGAUGCUCCAGCUAUGAACAAGACAGUGGGAGAUGGUGAUAAUAGAAAUGAAAAUUAUCUGCUUGUGAAGGAUGAUUUGGUGUCUGUUCCAAACAACUCAUCGUUAUGCGCUGAUGGAAAUGAUCUCUCUGUGACCAGCUCUGGGGAAGAAUUGAUGGACUCUGGCCCGGAUAUGCCAUCCAGUGUGAAUUAUACUGAAGAUUUGCUUUUUAACCCAGACUCAUGUUUGUUAAAAAAUUCCCAAGCAUCAACCAGCCAAUUAACAGAUGAAAAGGUGUGCGGGAAAGAUACAUCUUUGGAGAAUGUUGCAUCUGCUGCUUAUCCUGCAUCAGUUUUGCUCAGGACAUCACCAAAUAAGGCAUCUUUAUCAGAUAAUUUAGAAACUAAUCCUCAGACAUCACCUUCUUUACCUCAGGAGAACACUAAAGUAAAGCAGAAUUCAAAAUUUAUACUUGGUAUAUCAAACUUGAGUAAGAACCAACCUACUUCUGCUGUCCCUAGGGUUUUUCCCGGUCAUCCUGCCUUAAGUUUUAACACUUUAAAGAGUGCAAUCCCUUCAGCCCAUGUUACAAAAUCAAGAACAUGGCAUCGAACUGGUAACUCCUCCGUUGUGGUCCCAAAACCGAAGUUACAAUCCUGUCCUCUUCCUCAGAGUCAAGUGCACAAGACAGUGGGAAAUGUUCCGAGUUCGUAUAUUCGUAAGGGUAAUAGCCUUGUCAGGAAGCCGUCUCCAUCUGAUAUUUCACAUGGAUUUAAUGCUUCGAGUUUCUCAGUUUAUCGAUUGAGUCCUUCAAGCGAAGAUAAUUUGAUGAACCAAGCAUCCGAGAACAAGAUUGAUGCUAUUGAACCACCAAGUCUUUGUAGAACAGGAGUAAAGACUCCUGAAAGGCCUGAAACAUCUUCCUUAUUUAGUGAGGAAUCAUUGAACUGCACUGCUCUUAACUUGGGAGAAUCUAGAUCAUUGCCAGUGGCAAAUCCUCUCGGCCUUGCUACAACCUUGGAUCCAUUGGAGGAAAUUAUAAAAUCUUCUGCGGUUCCUGAAUGCCGAACUGGUUCUGGUAAUUACUCAGAUAGCCCGAGUCCACUUGAUGAAGGGAAUUCGAGGAAGAAGAUAACAUAUGUGAAACGGAGAUCAUAUCAAUUGGUUGCAGCUUCUGAUUCUGAAGAUCCAUCUAUUUGGUGUGUAGAUAAGACCACCCAAGCAUCAUCAUCCGAUAGCUACUACAAGAGGAGGAAAAAUCAGCUUGUCAGAGCGUCAUUGGAAAAUCAUGAGAAGGAGGGUGCCUUUGCAGAUGCAAAUUUUGAUUCUAACAGGUCUCAAAAUAGAAGGACCAAUCCAGGUUUUGCAAAGACGCGUAAAGCUUCUAAAUUCUCAUUGGUGUGGAAAUUGCCUGAUACACAAUUAUCAGGAAAACAUAACAACUCAGUACGAUUUCAGAAAGUGCGGCCAUACCUAUUUCCAUGGAAAAGAGCUACUUACUGGAGAAAUUUUAUAUAUAAUUCUCGUUCAACGCCAAAUGAUGGUUCCCUAUCCAUGAUCAGCCGGAAGCUACUGCUAUCAAGGAAGAGAGGUGCAAUCUAUACAAGAUCAACUCGUGGAUUUUCUCUUAGGAUUUCCAAAGUGUUGAGUGUUGGUGGCUCUAGUUUGAAAUGGUCAAAGUCAAUUGAGAGGAACUCUAAGAAAGCUAAUGAGGAAGCUACACGAGCAGUUGCUGCAGUAGAGAAGAGGAAGAAAGAACAGACUGUUGCUAUUCCCAUUGUUUUGAAGAACAAAAAUCAUGUUUCGCGAGAACGGAUAUUUCGUAUUGGUUCGGAGCGAUACAAAAUGGAUUCGACAAGGAAAACACUUCAGAGGAUUACAGACGAAGAACCCUCAAACUCAGUUGCUCUCGAAUCUGAAAAGAAAAUUAGAACUUAUAUUCCCAGGAGAUUGUUAAUUGGAAAUGAGGAAUAUGUGCGAAUUGGAAACGGCAACCAACUGGUUAGAGACCCCAAGAAACGAACCCGUAUCCUCGCAAGCGAGAAAGUUCGUUGGAGUUUGCACACUGCCAGAUUGCGAUUGACCAGAAAGAGAAAAUACUGCCAGUUUUUUACAAGAUUUGGGAAAUGCAGUAAAGAUGAUGGGAAGUGUCCUUACAUCCAUGAUCCCUCAAAAGUCGUAGUCUGCACGAAAUUUCUGAAGGGCUCGUGCUUGAAUCCUGAAUGCAAAUUGACACACAAGGUCAUUCCGGAGAGAAUGCAGGAUUGUUCAUAUUUUCUGCAAGGGUUAUGCUCUAAUAAAAGUUGUCCUUAUAGACAUGUAAAUGUGAAUCCAAAUUCCUCUAUUUGUGAAAGUUUUCUCAAAGGCUAUUGUGCUGAUGGCAAUGAGUGCCGGAAGAAACACACCUAUGUCUGUCCUGCUUUUGAAGCAACGGGCAUCUGUCCUGAAGGUUCUAAAUGCAAGCUUCACCAUCCUAAAAGGAAGAGGGGAAUCAAAAGGAAAUCUUUGUCUGAGCAGAAGAAUAUCCGAGGGCGAUACUUUGAUUCUAAGCCGUUUCAUAUUGCAGAAAGCCAAACAGCCAUAAUCGAGAGGCUCCCAGUGAAAGGUAAUGAUAACAUAGUUUGUCAAGAAGAAAAGCUCGAAGACUAUAUUAGUCUAGAUGUUGGCAAUGAAGAAGUGGAAAACAGUAUUGGCCCAUCAAGCAAACGAGUACGGGUUGAUUACCCUUUGGAGGCAGAGGUGAUUGAUCUAGAUGAGCUGAUAAAACCUAUCCGUAUCAUGAACAGAAGUCUUAUCGACAGCUCAAACGAUGAACAAGGCAAUGCAUCUGUAUAG